GCCCCGCCGCUGCCGGCACCGACACACCCGCCGCUCCCACCUGCGGCGCCACGCAGGCUCCGCCCACCCCGGCCACUUCCGCUCGGCACCGGAAGGGCUGUUUGGCUGCGGAAGCGCGGUGCCGGCGGCGGGACGUGGCUGCUGUUUGCCGCGGGAGGAGCGAGUGGUCAGGAUGCCAGCGCUGCCUCUGGAUGAGCUCCAGCUGACCGAAAGGGAUCCCAAGACAGGGAAGCUGCGGACUUUACCGGCACUGCACCCAGAAAUAAAAGCAGAUCGGUCUUUUGUGCUAUACAGACCGCCGCCUGUUGUUAGAGACCCUGCUUUAGUGGAAGAGUUCUUGGAGCGAGCAAAAUUCAUUGCGGAUGACCUGAACUGGCUUCUGGCUUUGCCUCAUGACAGAUUUUGGUGCCAGGUGAUAUUUGAUGAGACGCUUCAGAAAUGUCUGGACUCCUACCUGUGCUAUGCCCCUCGCAAGUUCGAUGCCUCGUUGGAUUGCCAUCCGGAGGUGAACGACGUGCAGAAAUGUCUCCAUCGGAGCGUCUUCCUGACCUUCCUCAGGAUGUCCACUCACAAGGAGUCCAAGGAUCAUUUUAUCACUCCCGCAGUCUUUGGAGAAAUUAUCUACAAUAACUUCCUGUUCGACAUCCCUAAAAUUCUGGAUCUCUGUGUGCUCUUUGGAAAAGGCAACAGUCUCCUGCUCCAGAAGAUGAUUGAAAACAUCUUCACUCAGCAACCAAGUUACUUCGGUGACCUGGACGAAACUCUGCCCACUGUCCUGCAGGUGUUCAACAAUAUUUUGCAUAAGUGUGGCUUGCAGUGUGAAGGAGCCUCUGCUGAGCCCCAGAAAUUGGAAGAAAGAGUAAAUGUGACUCCAGGAAACAUGCCCCUCCAGGAGCUGAAGGAUAUCGUGCUGUACCUUUGCGACACUUGCACAACGCUCUGGGCAUUUCUUGAUGUCUUUCCACCAGCUUGCCAGACCUUCCAAAAACAUGAGUUUUGCUACAGAUUAGCUUCAUUUUAUGAAUUGGCAAUUCCUGAGCUGGAAUCUGCAAUAAAGAAGAGGCAUUAUGAGGAUAACAGUGUUUUUGCUGAUUUGUGGAGGAGAAUUUCCCAUUCCAGAAAGAAGAUGAUAGAAGCUUUUCACAUCCUAAUAAACCAAGUCUGUCUGCAGCCCAUCUUAGAAAGCAGCUGUGAGAACAUUCAGCCUUUUAUUGAGGAGUUUCUACAGAUCUUCACUUCGGUGCUUCAGGAGAAGAGAUUUCUCCGUGACUAUGAUGAGCUGUUCCCUGUCGAGGAUGAUGUCAGUCUGCUCCAACAAGCCUCCUUCACACUAGAUGAGACCAGGACAGCCUACAUCCUCCACGCAGUGGAAAGUGCGUGGGAAGGGGUAGACAGGAAAAAAGCACAAGUUGUUAAAGAUCCAGCACCGCCAGCAGCAUCUAAUGGAGCAUCAGCGAUAGUGGAGAGCACGGCCGAGGACGGGGAAGAGCUCGGGGCUGCGUACGCGUCAGAGGAUGAGUGCGCCGGGGCGGCCGCUGCGCCCCUCGCCAAGGUGUCCGGGGUGGAGCUGGACUCCCUCAUCUCCCAAGUGAAGGAUCUGCUGCCGGACCUCGGCGAGGGCUUCAUCCUGGCCUGCCUGGAACAGUACAGCUACAACGCCGAGCAAGUCAUCAACAACAUUCUAGAAGAUAAACUGGUGCCCUGCUUGGAUAAGCUUGACCGAACAAUGCAAAGGCAGCUGAAGCCAGACCCUACUCCUCUCGUCACUUCUCGCUGUAAUGUUUUCCAGGAUGAUGAGUUUGAUGUUUUCAGUAGGGAUUCGGUGGAUGUUUCUCGGAUCCAAAAAGGCAAGCGGAGGGAGAAGGACACGACGAGGAGUUUGCUGAACGACAAGCGCCUGGUUGCUGAGCAGAGGGAGCGUUACAGCCAGUACAGCGUGGUCGUGGAGGAGGUUCCUGUGCAGCCGGGAGCAGCUCAGCUCUACAGGGAGGACUACGAGGAUGAGUACGAUGACACCUACGAUGGAAACCAAGUGGGAGCAAACGAUGCUGACUCGGAUGAUGAGCUGAUCAGCAGGAGGCCAUUCACAAUCCCUCAAGUCUUGAGACCAAAAGGACAAGAAGAAGGGCAGGAGGAAGAGGAAGGGGAUGAAGAGGAGGAGGAGGAAGAAGCUGAAAAGGAAAGAGCAAAGGACCAUUUUGUGCAGGACCCGGCCGUGCUGCGGGAGAGAGCUGAAGCCCGGCGGCUGGCGCAGCUCGCGAGGAAGGGGCACAAGCACGACAGCUCUGCCGUCGUUGGGAACGCGAAGGGACAUGGACAGAACCGGGAGACGGUGCAGGAGCGAAGGAAGAAGGAGGCAAACAAAAGCACAAGAGCCAACCACAACCGCCGAGCCCUGGCUGACAGAAAGCGGAAUAAAGGCAUGAUUCCUUCCUGAAAGACUCAGCCCGGGUGUCGUCAUGCCCAGGCCUCUGCCUGGGAGGAUGCGGUUGUGUUUUAUUCCCUCAGCACUCGCUGUGCUCGGGGGACUGGUUGUCGUGGUUCAAUACCUGACGCUUCAGCUCACAUGGAAUUGCACACCCUGGUGGGGCAGCCCGUUUUGGGGAAGGAACUGCCCUCCAGGCAGCCCCCAGCUGCUCGGCAGUUCACGGAGACGUGCGUACGACAGCGGGCUGCACCGCACCUGCAGCGGACAGGCUGCACAGCUGUUCGCUUCCUUUUGUACUAUUUAUAAUUCGGAGAUUUUUAUUUUCAUACUGCUCCUUGCGCCCUCUCCAUCACUCAUGUGGGUUUUCAGCCCCCGCAGCGGGCGGCUCUCAGAGCGAAACUCCCCUGGAGCGGCCCCCGCGGCCUUCUGCUCCGCUCAAAUGCUUUAUCCUGCGGCACAGCCGCAAGGAUGACAGGAAAGUGCUUGGGCUGUUCCCACUGCAAACAGCCAGCCAGGGGGAGUUAGGUGAAUGAACACCUUAUCAUCCAUUCCCAUCCCUGGAGUGAGGUGUGUGAAAACAAUGUGCAAAUAAAAGAUCUCAAUCUUUCAGUUGGUGCUUUAGGCUCUUACAGACCGUAUCGAUCUUGAAGUUGGGAAAAAUCUCAACAAGCCUUUUAACGCGCUGUGUCUGCAGGCACUGAAUUCACUUGCUGUUCCGUGUUGGUUUAGUGUGAUGAGAUCUGGCCGCAGCCACCGAGGCAAAGAUCCUGGAAAAUCAGGGAUGACAGGGAUGGAAACGGGAGGGGAAGGCAGCAGGGGCAGAGUCCCCGCGAGCGGCCUCCUCAACAACUUGUCACACUGGAGCGGAACUGCCCUGGUCAUUGUGUUUGCUGUCAGGGAGGCCGGGAGAUCAUAGUAGACAGUUUGUAGUUGCUGAAGGGGCUUCUCGCAAGCGCUGUCUCUUGUUUGCAGUUGCUCCCUGUGCAAAGAGACACACAAAUUGAGUUUGCUUUGUACUCUGUUUGUGAGGCGCUCAAAUGCUUACGCGAGCCUGGAGUAUCUGCCGGCAGCUGGUGGUAAAACUGUUGUGGUUGCUGCUGUCGCGGAGCAGCAGCGCGUUAUUGCAGUGCUGUCCCCAUCGUGGAGAUGAACUUUCAAGUAAACAAGUAGGCUUGGCUUGGUUAAUCUGCUCCGCGUGCCACCUCCCCACCACCAUCGCAUGUGGUUGGGGUUUUUUGUUUUAUUUUUCUAGUACUGCAAGUGCUACCGUUGUGAUCCCUACACUGAGCAAUCAGCCCUGGGGUGUGCAGCGUUAGAGCUCCGGUUCCAGGGUGACUCUCCCCCUUCGAGCGCUGCAGCGCUUUGGCAACGAGCGCCGUGAGACGGACGGUGCUGCCGGGUUUUACGCAGAGGGCGGGACCAGGGGCUGUAGGAUCAGAGCUGCUGCCAGACGCUGCUGGGGCUGCUUUGGGAAGAGUAGAAAUGGCUGUCACCAUUCUGCAGAUGGGAUGAAGUCCUGAGUGCUGCGAGCCCCGUUUCUUUGUGUAUCAGGACAGCUCAAACCCCCAACAACACGUAGGAAAAAGGGAAUUACGUUUACCAACUUCCCCAAAUCUGCUGUCAAGUGAAAUCACCUGCUAGGAUAAGUAACUCUACUCUUGUGCAGCUACUGUUCUCUGCACUAACAGCUUCAUUUACUCUCUGCCAGCCCACUCUAAUGCUUCUCCCCCUGCCUAAUACUGUAUUCAUCUUUAGUUCUUGCUUCUAAGAAGCUGCAAAUCUCUAUCACCUGCUCAGCACAGCGUGAAGCUAUCGGCGCUGCAGACGGAGCUGGUAGUAAAGCAGGCGGUCUCAUAUGGUAUGAGAUUAGCCCAAGAAAGCUUAAACCGUUCCUCUUAAGCAUCUCUAUAAAAGCACAGCUGGGACUGUGAAAGCUGGAGUUGUUUUUUGCUCAAAAAAACAGAAGCACCAUGUUUUUCAAGUCCUCUUUGUGUUCUUAUGUUUUACUCCUGACACCUAUUUGCAAACCCAAUAAAGCUGCUUUCAUUA